AACAACUUGAUAACUUAGUUGAAUGAAUAUGUAAAAUUUCGUGUAUCAAUGUUGUGACACGUGUCAUAACAUAUGUAUCUCGUUUCGUUGUAAGGCAACAACGUCGCGAUGUAAUGUAAACAGGUGACGCUCCCCACUAGGUUACAGCUCAGCUUUCAAAGUUUAUUAGCGAUUACCGUUGGAAUCUUGCUUGCUGCCGUGUAAUUCUGUCAGAGUCGCGUUCGAGUCUGGCAUUUAUAUGGCCGCUCUCUUUCUUCGCUUACAAGCUCUUCUCUGUCAAGAUAAAUUGGAAUACGUUAAAGAGAUGCGCGACGUUAUAUGCAGUGGGGUCGCUAAGGUCCUCGUGAGCAAUCUACCGAUCCAGGUUCGAAUAGAGGAUCUGGAUCUGCUCUUUUCCAGCUACGGCCAGGUUCAGAACAUCGAGAAGGUGCCGUCGCGAGACCCGAACACACAAAGCGUUCUCAUUAGCUAUGAGACGCAGGAACAAGUACAACAGGCUGUGAACCAGUUAAAUGGCUACGAGUUCGAUGGCAAUCCGUUGAAAGUGGAGAUGUCUUCGGCAGAGAGCCGACGCAGAGGCCGCAGCCAGCGCGGCGGCGGCGUCGCCUUCUCCGGACUGCCGGGUUCCGGUCGCCAGACCGAUUUCCCGCUGCGCAUCCUCGUCCAAUCCGACAUGGUGGGCGCGAUAAUCGGCCGGCAAGGUUCCACUAUCCGACAGAUCACGCAGAUGACGCGCGCCCGCGUUGACGUGCACCGCAAGGAUAACGUUGGUUCCCUGGAGAAGGCCAUCACCAUCUAUGGCAACCCCGAGAACUGCACUAAUGCCUGCAAGAAAAUUCUGGAGGUCAUGCAACAGGAGGCAAAUAACACAAACAAGGGUGAGAUCACCCUGAAGAUUCUCGCGCACAAUAACCUUAUCGGACGAAUCAUUGGUAAAGGUGGUAACACGAUCAAAAGAAUCAUGCAGGACACCGAUACAAAAAUCACCGUUAGCAGUAUCAAUGACAUCAAUAGCUUCAACCUCGAACGCAUCAUCACGGUUAAGGGCACAAUUGAUAAUAUGAGUAAAGCCGAGUCCAUGAUCUCCAGCAAACUGCGUCAGAGCUAUGAAAAUGAUUUACAAGCUAUGGCUCCUCAAAGCAUGAUGUUCCCCGGUCUGCAUCCGAUGGCCAUGAUGUCCACCGCUGGUAUGGGCUACAGCUCCCGUGGACCCGGCCUCUACGGUUCGGGACCCGCCCCGUAUCCCUACCAGAGUAGCCUGCCUACUCAACAAGGCGUCCCCGCUAGCGACACCCAGGAAACGACCUUCCUCUACAUUCCCAACAACAGCGUCGGCGCUAUCAUCGGAACGAAAGGCUCUCAUAUCCGCAACAUCAUAAGGUUCUCCGGUGCUAGCGUAAAAAUUGCGCCUCUUGAGCAAGAUAAGCCGGCUGAGCAACAGACCGAGAGGAAGGUUACCAUCGUCGGUUCUCCGGAAUCUCAAUGGAAGGCCCAAUAUCUAAUCUUUGAAAAAAUGCGGGAGGAAGGCUACGUUGCCGGCACCGAAGAUGUUAGACUAACCAUUGAGAUUCUCGUGCCCAGUACCCAGGUUGGUCGAAUCAUCGGCAAAGGUGGUCAAAAUGUGAGGGAGCUACAGCGUGUGACUGGAAGUGUCAUUAAAUUGUCAGAACAACAAGCAACUCCUCCUUCAGCCGAAGAAGAAACAACAGUCCAUAUCAUCGGCCCUUUCUUCUCUGUUCAAUCCGCACAGAGAAGAAUCCGUGCGAUGGUACUGCAAUCGGGUGCACCCGGCGGAACCGGCGGUGCUGGCUCACGCGCCGGUCGCGGUAGUAGCCAGGAAGGUGCUUCCCGUUCUAAAAGAGAUGGCAGCGCCACUUCCCAAAGUGGCACGACGUCGCAGCCUAGUUCCCAACAGCAGUCCACUGGCUCGCCAUCGAGCCAGCAGCAACAGCAGCCGCCAUCAUCGCCGCAGUAACAUUAACAUCGAUUACACCGACCUGACGCGGACCGACGCCACAAACGCUCAUCCGCUUUAUUCGCCGGAGUGGCCUCGUCGUCGCUUUGACAUUCUCUCUCGUCGAGAGGCUGAGCUUAUCGCGACCUCCUCCUCUCGCGGGGCGCGCACGACCCUCCCCGAUGGGGGUGGGCUUCAUACGAGGGUGCGCGACGCGCAGAUCGCGACGGGAAGACGUGCGGCAACGUUCUGAGAAUUAACUGAACCGAGAUCCAAUAACGGAUUCGCGGAUUUCUCGAUUAUGCGAGAUAAUCCUUGCUAAUAAUAAUUCCGUGCUCCGUGAAUCGGUUAUAGAAACGAUCCAAGAGUCGUAACUCGAUGAGUCAACCGUGAUUCUAGGAGUUUAUUCGUAGCGCUCGGCGAGUUAAUUCUGAGAAUUUGAGAGAACGAAGGAUUCUAAUUCCAAAGAUUCUAAUUCCAAGACUCGACUUGUUGUAAGAGUCAAUCUAAGGAGUCAACGAACUCCCGGGUCCACCGUUCGGUUCGACACGCGCGCGUCUUCCGCGAUCGAGCGAACGAUUAAUUUGUCUUUAGAUAGGACGUCGUCAAUGGAGACGCAAAUGUUGCCUCAUCGCGAAUGAUUAAUCACGUUAGCAGUCGGCCCGAUUUUCGAAUCGCUAUUUGAACGUACGAGAUGGAAGACGAAGCGUGAUCGUCGGGACUGAUCGGUGGGAAUACCGAGCGUAUGCUACCUAAAUCUGGCUUCGUCCAGGCUAUCCGUACGCGAUCGCUGACUCUCAUGACGAGUCCUCAUUAACGAGGACCCGUGACGUUUUCCCCUUCGCUCUACGCGUCACGUCUACGCGCGCGCACCCCGCCCCGCCCCCUUCCCCCCGCGAUAGCGACGAAGCGACAACACACAGCCGCGCACGACCCAAUUUCGCAGCGCUAACGAAACCACCGCCGCCGAUGAAAUAGGACACUUCGACGAGAACAAACUGAAUUUAAAAAAAAAAAUAAGAAAAAAAGAAAAACACACAACCUUAUUACCUCAUUGCAUUACGGUUAAAGAUUUAAUACGAUAAAGGAAAGUGAAACGCGCGGGAGAAGCGAUAAACCGAUUAAUCUAAAAAAAGAAGAAGAAGUCUAUCUAAUAUUAAAGUUAUUAAUAAUAUACAGAGAGGUUAAGUGACAAUUACAUAUUACGUUAUACCUGUUACUACUACUGCAACUAUUACUAUUAUUACUACUUACUACCUACCUACUACUAUUAUCGCUAUAUGCUAUUUACUUCUUACUACUACUACAGGAGGAAAGCGGUUUUUCUUAAAAAAAAAAAGAAGAAAGCAACAAAAAACACACAGACUAAGUGCAGAUUUUUAUAUACACAAUCCAGAGACGUUGAACGAUAAUACGAGACUUAAAUAAUACCGAAACCAUGUAUCGCGGAACGGCAACCCGUUCCCGGUCAUAGACCAUAAGCCAGAAUGCCUCAGGAGGAGAAGAGAAUAGAAGCGACCCCCCCCGCGCCCCAACCCGCCCCUCCUCGCACGUAAUACCAAAGAAGCGAUUAUGAGUUAUUUCGUAUUAAUGAAGUGAAAUGCGUCGUGUACGCUCUAUUCGCCUCAAGUUCCUCAUCAAGAGUUACGAAAGUGAGAGAGAGAGAUAGAAAGGAAGAGGAAUUAGAUACGUAAAUGUGAGAGGGGAAAGCGACAAAUAGUCAUCAAAAUGUCGAAGAAAACGCCGAUGAAACAUCGUGUCGCUUGGCACAAGUGAUUGAUCUAAUGAGAAGAAGAGAUAAAGAAGAAGAAAGAACGAGAAGAGGAAACUGAAAGAGGAGAGAGAAAAUCCGAGCGUGGAGUUCCAUAUCAGUACGACAUGAGGAGAAGCUGUUUUAUGUCAUGUUUUCAAAGAGCAUUACUAAAGGAUGUUUCUCGAACACACGGAGAGAAUGAAAAAGCGACUGUCGGUACGUAGAACAACGAGUGAGAGAGAACGAGAGAAAAAAGAGAGAGAUAUUAUAUAAAGGAAGCAAAAGAGAGACAGACGGCGAGCGGAGGAGGGGACGUAUGGGACAAAAAGUGAAUCGACAAAACUUUUCAGGGAUUUUUACUUUUACCAUGAAUGUAAUAAUGUGUGAGUGUGCGUGUGUUGAAUAAUAAUUAUUAAUUGAUAAGUAAUUUGAUUACUGAUUAGAAGUUAAACGGCGAGGAAAGGCGAAAGAAAGACGUCAGGGAGAAAUCAGGCUUGAGAUGAGCAAGAAACGGAAGGGAAGAGAGUAGAAAGACGACGGGAGAGCGGAGUGUCGCGACGUUCAAUUCGUGACUUUUACUCUCACCGCGGAUGGUGUGUCGCUGAGACGGGCGUCGAGACGGAGCCUCCGCGAGGCGUCCCCCGACGAGCCUGCGAGCCCCGUAAUUUUUGCAAAUUAUAGCUGUUAGAGGAGCGUAGGGUCGGCCGGGCACGGAGAACCGCGGAGCGCAACGAUCUCGAUCUCGCAUCGAUAUCGCGACUCGCGGCGCGUAUAAUCGGCCAUUAUUAUACCGUUGUACAGAGCCGAGAGAUUUCCUUUCGAGAUCGGGGAUAAUCCGCGGAACGCAGAAAACGUUCGGCGAGAUGAAAGAGGAAAA